GGUGGGGAUAAUGACUGGGCCUGCUGGGCUGAGGGCUGCCGGUUUGACUCUUCAGGGGUUGAGCGGGUGGUAGCAGAGGGGAGCAGCUUGGGACAGGGGAGGAAGUAGGCAGAAGGGAGGAUCUUUGUCUGUCUAGAGGCCAGGGGAUACAAGAGCAAGCUGUGUACCUUUGUCUUCCUGUCUGCCCACCUGCUUUCUUUCCUGGGCCUUGUUUCCAGGUCCAUAUUAAUCUCUGGGCACAGAGCAGGAUGGGUCCCCAUCUGUACCCAGGAGGCCCCUGGUGGGGCAGGAGGUAGUCCCUGCUGCUUGGGAGAGCUGGAGCACUGAGGUCCCUAUAGGGACCACCAGUUUUAGCUGGGUCGGGGGAGUCUUUAAGGAGGAGGUGGGCCAAGCCAGGGCAGGGGAAGGGUGUCGGCUGGUGAAGGAGGUGGUGCUGGGCAUUUCUAAGCCCGUGAAUGCCUGACAGGGGACACCCAUGAAAGGCACUGGCUCUCUCAUCAUGGUUGGAGGUUCCGGCCUGUGCGGGGUGUUUGGGGUGGGAAAUGAGGCUGGAGGGGAGGCGGGGGCCCUGAAUGCUGGGCUGGGACCCCGGAGGGUGUGUGAGGAGAGAGGCGGAGAGGUUGGGGCCCGCUCUGCCACUGCUCACCAGGGACCAGGGACAGGCCACACUGCCCAUCGCUUCUUCUUAAGGUGGGCUCUCCUCGCCAAAAAAGGAUACCAGGAGCGAGAUCUGGACCCUCAGAUUUCCGUCAUCACCAAACUCAAAGGGGUUUCGGUGACCCAGAUCGAGGAGCUGGGUAACCGGCUGUGGGACGUGGCGGACUUUGUGAAGCCACCGCAGAUCGUGCACAGCCUCAGUUUCUACUUUUAUCCUGCCAAUGCCAUAACUGUAGCCCCCGUGACCACCUGUCCCGAGUGCAGCCGUCUCCUGGGUGCACACCCACCACAUCCAAAGAGAAAUCAUCUCCCUCUGCCGGUAUGGCCUCUUUUCAUCCAGUGAGGGCCAAA